AUGGGAACUACAGCCUUGUAUGAAGUCGACAGCAACGAAAAACCUGGUGUGGUUUACGUUGAAUCCGUGGAGCAAGGCUCAAACAUUGAUGUUUCCAAGUUUGCCGACAUCGAUGAGAAGAAGUUGGUAAGAAAAGUGGAUAUGAGGUUACUUCCGCUCUUCACCAUUUUGUAUCUUUUGUCUUUCUUAGACAGAGGCAAUAUUGGUAACGCCAAAAUCGAGGGUUUGGCCGAGGACUUGAACUUAAAGGGUAACCAAUACAACAUGUGUCUUACAAUUUUUUUCAUCUUCUACGCUUCCAUGGAAGUUCCUUCCAACAUGAUUUUGAAGAGAUGGAAGCCUAAUAUUUUCAUUCCAUUGACUGUUGUACUCUUUGCUAUUGUCAUGACGCUCAUGGGUACCGUUCGCAACUAUGGUCAGCUUUUGGCAACCAGAGCCUUGUUGGGAAUGUUCGAGUCGUCACUUUUCCCAGGUAUUUCUUACAUGUUGUCCAUGUACUACAAGAAGAACGAACUUCUUGUUAGACAGGCAAUUUUCUUUUCUGCUGCAUCUAUGGCUGGUGCUUUCUCAGGUUUGUUGGCUGCUGCCAUUUCCAAAAUGGAUGGUGUGGGUGGCUACGAGGGCUGGAGAUGGAUUUUCAUUCUUGAGGGUCUUGUGACUCUCAUUGCAGGUAUUGUGGCCUUUUGGUACUUUCCAGUAUUCCCCAAGGAUGCCAGCUUCCUCACUGAGAAGGAAAGAGAGUUUUUGCUCUACAGAGUGCAUUAUUCCUCCAAUGCAGACGGCCAGAAGUUGGGCCAAGGAAACAACAGCGGACCCGCCAACAUGGGAGAGGAUAACUCCAAUGAUAGACGUUAUUUAUGGGCUGUUUUCAAGGACUGGCAGUGCUGGUGUCAACUUUUCACCUACAUGGGUAUUCUCCUUCCACUCUAUGGUGUCUCUUUGUUCACACCUACAAUCAUUCGUAACUUGGGAUACACCAAGACCAGAUCACAGUUGCUCAGUGUCCCUAUUUAUAUUGUUGCUGCCUUUUUCUCUGUUGUGCAAGGUUUUAUUUCUGACAGAAUCGGCCUCAGAUCGCCAUUCUUGGUGUUUAACUACCUUUGUAUGGCCAUUGGCUACAUUGUGUGUGUUACUGGUGAUCCAAUCAACAAUCCCAAGGGAAUUUACGCUGGUGUUUACAUCGCUGCCUUUGGAAUCUACCCUGCCAUUCCGUUGUCGAUUGUUUGGAACGCUAACAACUUGUCUGGAUCAUACAAGAGAGCCAUUGGAAUCGCAUUUCAAAUUGGAGUUGCCAACUAUUCAGGAGCUUUUGUCUCCAACUUCUACCGGACGCAGGACAGUCCGGAGUUCAGAUUGGGCCACGGGUUGGUCUUGGCGUUCAUUGGUUUUGGUGGUAUCUUUUUGACUGCUUUGAUCAUUGGUUACUCCAUCUCGAACAAGAAGAGUAAGCAAAAGGUUGCUAGCGGUGAAUACGACAAUUACCUGGAGGAUGAGCUCAAGAAGAUGGGUGACAAGAGUCCGUACUUCCUUUACAGAUUAUAG